AUUUGCCCGCCCGCCACCCCGCCGGGCCCGGGACUACAGCUCCCGCCGCGCCCCGCGGCCGCCCGGGACUACAACACCCAGAGUGCCCUCGCCCUCCUUCUCCGAGCGCGGCGAAAGGCCUGGAAAGCAGCUGGGCUCUGGCGGUGGCGUACAGCUCCGGGCCCGGCCCGGCCCGGCGCAGGAAAUGGCAGCGCUGGGCAGAUCCUGUCAGGGCAUCCCCGCGGGUCCUGCCCUGGAGUUCCCGCAGGCCGCUGCCCCCGACCGCCUCGGCGCGCCCGGAGCCGCCGGCCACGACCGUCUGCAGCCCCCUAUGGUGAUGAUGGCGGGGAACGGAAACGACGGAGCCUCCGGUUCCCCCGGCCUGUAUCUGCAGAGCAGCUUCGACGUCGCGUCGCUGGCCGCGCUGGGCAGUCACAGCCAGGGCCCGGCCGGGCCGCCCGGGGGGUCGUGCAGCGCGGGAAUCCCGCCGGGCCGCAGCCUUGUUUCUGUUCGCUGUGGAAAGAAACAUAAGCUAGAAGAAGAGGCAGAAGGUUGUCCUGUGAGGAAGAAGAGACUGACAGGAGCCAAAAGUUGCCCUUUGAAUCCCAGCACUGAAGAAUGGAUUCUCUGUGCAGGUCAGCAGGCAGCUGGGGAGGUAGCCAGUCAGUAUGGUGGCAGCGGUCCUGAAACUGCCAUGUUAGAAAUUCCCUGUGAAGAAAUGGAUCAGACAAUGGGGGAACAGCAAUGCGAGGUUGCUCGCAGGAAGCUUCAGGAGAUUGAGGACAGGAUAAUUGAUGAAGAUGAGGAAGUUCAUGCUGAUGGAAAUGUUAGCAAUCUGCCCACUCUUAUCCUGUCAGAUACCCUUAAAAAAGGGAUGAAGAGGGAUUUUGGUGAAGUCCUGACAAAGAAAAUAAUAGAAUCUAUGAGCCGUCCGUCUAUGGAGCUGGUGCUUUGGAAGCCCCUUCCUGAGUUUCUCACAGAUAAACUGAAGCCUGUUCCUGUUAAGAACUUCAAGCAGCAGAGUCCAGAAGGGUGUCAAGCUAAGCAGCCAACACCAAGAGCUGCUUUUGACCCACAGACUGAAACGUUCCCUGAAUCACAACAGACUGCCAUGUCUCCAGACCCAUAUGCUAGUUUGGGAAUCUCUGGGUGUGCAGAAGAAGAAAUGGAGUUGUAGAUGGCAGAUACUAGACUGGAAGUGGUGAGCUUCUGAUGGUUUUUUGAUGCUGGUUUUUUUAUUCCCUCUUUCUUUCUGGUUUGAUGUGUGAAUCUGAAGUUUUGUUUGGUUUUGUUUUUUUCCUGCUAACAAUCAUAAGAAUGUGGGUUGGCCAGACACAAUUUAAUUCUGUACUUCAGUCUGUUAGAUAUUCUUGUUUUUACUGAGAAGGUAAUCCAGAGGCCUUUUGGAACAAGGAGGUAGCUUUCCAUCUUGCUUAAUGGUGAAAUAUCCUCUUAACUGUCCUUGGUGAAGUAUAAAAGCCAAACAUUGAAUGUAACUGUGGCUUAAACCACAUCGUUCACUUGCUGAGCCACUAAGACUCUGAUGCAUGUACCAUGCUUGGUCAGUUAGUUUAAUUUGAACUACAAAAAGAUAUGGAAAGGAAGAAAUACUUGAGGCCAGUUGCAGAUAGAAAAGCAAUCCCUAUGGAAAUACAGCUUUUCACACUAUUUCAGCUGUGACUAUUUUAUCUGUGGCUGGUUUGUACUCAAUGGAAACUCAAAUGUGGGAAUUUUGCAGUGUGGUAGGGAAGGAAUGUUAUAGCUCAGCAUAAGCCUCUUGCUUUUUAGAAAGUAAAACCAGCUAAUGACUUGCAAGGUAUCUGCUAACUUCAGUCAUCUUUGUUUCAUUGGCUCCUAAAUUGUGUUUGUGGGUUUUUGAUGCCCCCCUUUCUAAAUGAUGUGAAGUCUGGAGAAGAGUGGUGCUCAGCCAAUUGAUUGACAUUUCACAUUGCGCUGAGAUUCUUUGUAUGCAUCGAGUUAGAAAGUCAGUUGAAGACAGUGUAACUUUUGAUUAAAUAAAUGGCAUCCUUUAAAAAUCAGAUAACAGAUGAUUUUCUGGCAUAAAGAGGGUCAAAUGCUGAUUAUCACUUGUAACCAUUCAAGGCAGAACAUGUGCCAUUAACCUAACGUCACAUAGUUUAUACAGAUGUAUGCCAAAAGAAUUUUGUACCCUGCCUAGGGUGUUAAGGAGUCCUCCAGGAGUUAUUGCUUGUACCUUUUCUCAAUGCACAACAGUUCUGUUACACUUAAAACCCUUAAACAAGGCAGAGAAUGUCAUCUGCUGUUCUUAAGUCCAUGAGCUUUCUCAGAGAUAUCUAAACUGAGGCUUGUUGUAAGAAAUUCCUUUCCAAGUAAUAUGUUCUGGUUUGAGCCUUAGCGUCCCUGUCUGGUUUUGACAUAUUGCAAAACAUAAAGGAGCAAGUACGCAGUAAUGCAGCUGUUUGCAUCAUCUUUGUGAUGGUAUUUUUUACUGUUGAAUAACCCCUAGUCCCUAGUUUAAAUCAAGCUUCUCUUUUUGCAGUCAUUCUUUCUUUUCUCUCGGCUGACAGCAGAAGCUUUGUUCAAAGGUUUAAAUCCUGUCUAUCUUGCUGCUUUUGUCAAAGGUUGAGUGAAAUUUACUGACUCUCACUAAAAUAUUUCAGAGCUUCAUUAGAAACAUUCCAACAUUUGAACAGGUAUUGCUCGAAAACAGCGUGUAACUUUACCAUUCUGGAACUUUUCUUAAAUUGGAGAACAUGUGCAGCUCUCUCGCUAUUAUGUCUGAUUUAAUUUCAGGGUCAGCUAUAAAUCUCUUGCAUGUACUGCAUAAAACUUCUCAUUUAUUAUUAAGCUGCUGGAUGUGCUUACGAUCUACAGCCUUUGAUGUGCUACAUUGCUUGGAAAGUAAAGCAGUGCAGUUUGGAGAAAGUCGGGGUCCUGCGGGUAGAGGACAUGGUACCUCCAAAUAAUUACCUGUUUUUAAGCUUGCAGGGUUACAGUGGAAGUUCAAGUUUGGAACUGUUUGAGCUGAUAGCUCUGAAUCCUAAAUAAACCAAAAAGGAUAAAAAAUUCAAAAAAUUGAUGGAACCACCUCAGCAACACUAAAAUUGCAACAGAGGGUAUAGAAAACUGUGGGAGGCCUAAAUACAUCAAAUCUAUAUGCAGGUUUUUUCCUCAUAAAAUGGACAAAUUGCAUAUUGCAUUUGCAGAAGUUUUUGUAGAUGGCUUUUAAGCAUACUUUCUUUCCUGUUAGGUUUAUACCAAAGGUUGACUUUCAGAGGUCUGUUUCCUGUUAAUCGUUCGAUGCUGAUACAGCAUCACUGACCUGUUAUUCUGGCAUCUGAAACAAGAAUAUAGCAGUGACUAUUGACAAAGUCUACAACAUGGGGGAAAAACUGCAUCCAAGAAAUUUGCUUUAAUGGAAAACAUUUAAUUUUUUCAUCAUUCGUUUCUGCCCUUAGGAGAGGACAGGGUUGAAUUGCUUAAAUUGGUGGGUGAGGAGAGCGGGACAGAGCAGGAAUCAAGUAUCUGGGAGAGCAGAGCAAGAUUCUUGCUGUAGCAAUCAUUUGGAGAGGGUGAGAAACAACAAGCCACUGGGUGUUUUCAACUUCUGUAUUUGUAUGAAUUUCAUUUGUUGUUGGCUUCCUUAAAAGACUUUUAUUAAUGCUGUUUACAGGCAGGAUGACAAAUGUUGUGCAGUAUUAGAAAAAACUUUAUUUUGAAAUACGGAAGAUCUGAUUCUGGUCUGUCUUCUCUUGGGACCAAAUCACCCUUUGUAUAUCAGUUUCCAAUAAAUUUUCUAAAAUAUU